UGGCAUUGCAAUGACAAGACAUGGUCAUGCACUCAUGCUGCUACCUUGCUGCUUGGUGUUUGGCAGCAUAGGGUAGGACUUUGAUCACAUCUCACACAUCCAGAUUGCCUGAUAAGUCAACCUCAACACUUACUACUGCACCUAAAUUAUCAUUCUGGUUAUUUACUUCUCUGUCACAUUCCUGAUAAGUUAAUGUGAUGUGCACCAUUCGUGGAUUUGGCAGAGUCUGCUCGUGCUAUCGCAACAUCAACUCUUGUUGCUUUGUUGCCAUUCAGAAGGCUUUAUUUCUCUGCAAAUCAUUCCACCCAUACAAACCAACUGUGAAUUGUGACGUGUUAUGUAGUGUGAUAGAAUAUGGCUGGCUACACAAAGAUAGUGCAGUAUCUCUAGUCUCUUACAAGAACUGUAUAAAGGGAUGACUGGCUUGAUAGAGAAGGAGACUAUCACUCUCUCUUCUCACUAAAAGAUAUGACAUACAUUCCCAGUUCCUUUUGCUUCCUCGCACAUACCGGUAUGCGCAUGUUAAUGAUUUUAGUUUCUUUUUUGGUAUUUUUGUGCAUUCUUUUUUCUAAUGUAGGAUGGCCAGAGCAUUGAUUUGCCUGCUUGAUCUCCAAUUUGUAUUUGAAAAUAUUUUUCUGUAUCUAUAUGGGCAUAUGUGCACAUUUAAAAAAUAAACAAAUUUUGAUGGAUUCUGUCUCUUGUAGUUACACGAGCUGCUGUAUUGUCGUUUUGCUGGUUUGCAUUGCCUUGGUUUUAAAAGGUGUCUCAAGCUUUCUGAUUUCCUUGAUCUUUGACAGGUGUGAGCUUGAUUUGCUGACUGAUGUCCAACGGCAAGCCGACAUAUAACAGUGACUCUUCUUACAUGUCGAGCAUACCGGUCUGUUGCUUUCUCAGGGCAAUGCAGCCGACAAGUAGUUUACUUCGCUGGACCGAUGAUCUCCAUAAGAUCUUCCUGGAAGCUGUAGAGUAUCAAGGAGGCCCCUAUGAGGUGAAGCCAACUGCGGUGAAGGAGAAAAUGGAAGCUAUGGGAGUCACAGGCCUCACAAUCUGGAACAUAAAAAGCCACCUCCAGAGAUACAGGGAGAAGUGCAAUUUAGGACCUGAACCUCCUCGGGAUGUCCGAGGCACUGCAUCACCAAGGAAGGCUGGAGAUAAUGUGACAUCUGAGACCGAGACAGUGGUGGACAGUGAUGCAGCAACGAAUCUGACUGAAAUGGAGGUACUCCUCAUCAUCGUUGAUAGCCUGGCCUGGACAGUGGACAAGCAUAUACUAUCAUCCAAAGGCAAGACCUGGUCAGUCUUAGUACAUUUCAGGGCCAUAUAACAGUAGAGGGAACACACUUGCCAUACCAUGCCAGGAAGGUUAGGAUCAUAGUAUGGCUGCCGCCUGCAGGUAUCUGUAUCUGUGGCAACCCAACCCCAGACCCGGCCAUCUUUUAGCACGAGGGCACACCGUCGUUGCCUCACCGUCGCGCUCUAGGAGUAGGAUGUCACGCUCUAGUAGUAGGAUGGCGUGCCACGCCAGGGAGCAAGCUCUAACGACGUUGCCGCCAAGGCCACCACGACGCCGCACUUCGUGUUCGUCCCGCUGAUGCACCACGGCCACCUGAUCCCGGCGGUGGACGCGGCGCUGCAGCUGGCCACCCACUCUAAAAAGCCCCCAGCCCAACAAAAUCCCAGCACCACAACGCCAAACAAGGAUAUAUGUCAACAGAAGGGGGAAAUGUGAAUCCAACGACUGAAGAAUAGCGCAUUUAACAAGGCCAAGCAGUGAACAAAUUAAGGCAGCGACGCAUAACAGUAGUAGCAGCUAGCUAGUUUAUGGAAACCAAACGUGCAUCAGUACAGAAUGUCACAGCGCAAUGUCAUCCACUUGCUAAUGGCAGAAUGCUCGCUAAUUAAUUAGGACAUCAUAACACACACAGCAGGAAGCAUCAUAUAUGGUCUCACUUCACAGCUGAUAGCAUCACACACUCCUAUCUAGCCGUAGCCACGGAGGAGAGAAGACUCGCUCAUCCCGAGACACAGACUCAUCCUCUGAAUCUGAAUCUGGACUGCUCUCAUCCGGCGCCCAUGAAUCUGAACUGGGCUCAUUCGGCUCAUCCUGUGAAUCCGACAUGUUCAAAUUCCGCGCGAGCUCCACAUCCAACUCGGAACUGAAGUGCACGAGGUCCAUCUCUAGCAUGCCAUCCACGCUGCGGGUUCCCUUAUGGGUGAUGUCGUCAUCACGGAUGUACUUGGCGUCAUCUGGAUACACAAUCUUCCUUGCGCAAAUCAUGUCAUAGUAGCAACGUCCUAUUAACAAAAUAAAACCCGGAUCAGUAAGAUGAUAAUAAGCCAAUUCAGAUUUAUGAUGAGUAGUGCAUUCAAGCAUCGUGAGAAGCAGAUCGCCGUGACUCAAAGUACUAAUCAAAUGCUAUCACUUGCUAAUCAGCCGUGCCGCGGUAGAGAAGUAGAUGGACUUACCCGCAUAUGCAUAGGGCAGAGGGCAGCAGAAUGCUGCUGUCCUUGGCUUGCGUGUUACGCACCACAACUCGGCGUAAAAUAGGGUCCUCGGAACAUUCUCAUCAGAAGUUGCCAUGAAGUUCACUAGGUAGCACGUAUCAGUGAAGGGGGCGCAGCCUUCCCGUCUUUGAUCCAUACCAAUUAUAAAAUCAAGUUCAUACUUUGGUCCC